UCGCAUUUGUUGUAGCAGUGUGCAAAAGUUUUCUUCCCGUGCAGAUUAAUUGUUAUCAGACCCUUACUGUUUAUACACGAGUAGUGUUACUACACGAACCAAAUGAGAAGCUGAGCAUCUAAAGUACAAGUCUGUUGCAUGUUAGGCUGUGAAUGUAUUGAUGUAUCCUUAUGAUGUCACCAAAACCAGAAUGUAACACAGUUUUUCAUAUUAUAAUGAUAUUUGCAGCAUCCUCCAACUUCAAGUAGGUCUUAGGUUUAAAAGAUUAAAAUGAAAGGAUGGGUGCAGACGGUGUUAGCUGUUGUGUGUGCUGUUUCAGCAUUUCUCCUCAUCUUAGUCAUCUUUCUAUGUUGGCGUCUUUACGUAAUGAAGAAGCGACAGAAGUUUUUUGAUGAUCUUCAGAGCUCCCGAAAACUUUUAUUAGAAAGCAAACCUACAUUGAAAGCCGUUUCAAUAAAUCAAAAUUCAUAUGGUGAUGAUUCAUCACUACAAGAUAAUUUAUCAUCACUGACUUUUCAACAAGAGCCCCAUUUUCCCCAUUUAGAAUUUUUGAAAAGCCAAGAAAACUACGAUAGUCCAUUUACAGAUACGGAAUGCGAAACAGAUCUGGUUGAUCCUAAUACUCGUCCUAAAACUAGAAUACAUCAACUACAGUCAGAAGACUCAGACAGUUCGAGACCAGAUACUGAAAGUAACUUGUCAGAUACUAAAAUCACCCAUAAGAAGACUCCUGUUAUUGAAUUUAGCAUAGUUUAUGUGUCAAGUAUAAAUUCUUUAACCGUUCACAUAAUUCGGGUCGCUAAUCUUCCAGUGAAAUAUCGUAAAAACUGCUCUUCAUACGUAAAAGUAUCAUUGCUAGCUCGCAAAAAAUCCUCACACAGCACUUCCGUAUCUAAAAAAUCCUUAAACCCAGAGUAUGAGGAGAACUUUUCUUUUGAAGGUUAUACUUUGAAAGAGUUAACCCAAUUUACACUGAGACUGUCUGUCUACGUCAAGCUCUUUCAUUCUUUCAAGAAUCGACUAAUUGGUGACUUAUGGCUACCUUUGUCCCAGCUAGACCUAACGCCAGAUGUCCCACAAAUAAUUUCAGAAAAGCUGUCUCCCCUCAAGACUUCGAGAUCAAAACUACAGUCGGUAGACCUUGGUCAACUGUUUGUAAUGCUGCAAUAUCAACCAGAGGCAGACAGGCUAAAAGUUAUGGUUCGGAAAGCGGAAAACUUGAAACGACCAAGCGGUGUAUCUAUUGGACUAUCAGAAUAUUAUGUGAUUAUCAGCCUGCUCCGUGGCAUUGAAGCUGUGACAUAUAAGGAAACACGUCCCGCAUCUGGACCGAAUCCCGUGUGGAACCAACCUUUUCUGUUUGACAUUCCAGAAACAGAAGUGCAUCAGUAUUCGUUGCAGUUUUUGGUCAUGCUUGGUCGGAUCUAUUCACGCGAUGGCGUUGUUGGACAAGUCCUCGUCGGACCAGGCUCCACACCACUUGGAAUAGCUCAUUGGAAUGAAGCCAUAUCUCCUUCUACUGUGGAGUCAGCAAAGUGGCAUAACAUCGUUCAAGCUGAUAAGUAUUAAGUUUUGCUUGGUGCUAAAGCUGCAUGUUCUUUCAAGGGCAAUUCCACACCGACAUUUCACAUGAGCCUAUUCUGUCAUAUCUAUUGAUUUCCUAAUGAAGUAAUCAAUAUAAAAUGUAACCACUAUCAGUUAUAAUCCAGUAACUCUCAACAGAAUUAAUCGAAACAGUCUUAAAACCAAGAAACAGGAAAACCCACGAGAAUUCCAUAUUUGGUCAUUACGCACACUGCCCAUAACUUGAUCAAAAUAUUAUAUAUAAUUUAUUUAAUCAACUGCUAAAACUUUUUAACGUGAUCUUAAAACCUCUGAAGAACGAUUACUGCAUAUGCAGGUAAAUUUUGAAAAAUGUCCAGAAUUUAAAUGCAAGUAUUAAAAAUGUUAUUAGCCGUAUUCUGAGUAUGUUAUUGCACGGUGAUUUUAUAAAUAUUUCAUUCAGAAAAAUUAACCAAGAUCUUUUUAUUAGAUUGAUUAUUAUUGAUUAAUAUAUGUAUUAAUAUAUAUGUAGUAAUAUACGUUUAAUAUGGUGUAUGUAAAAAUAAAGAUAAAGAAGUUCAACUGAAAA